UAAAUGGCGUGAUAGAGAUCCACUGCCCAGACCAAAAAAUCAGAUCAAGAAUAUGUGGUGGAAGCUGGGUGCGGAGAUUACCAACAAUUUUUUUCUCUGGUUUCACUGUGCAGCUGUCGGACUCUCGUUAGCUUCAGUAAACUCUGGUUUUAAACAUGAAUGGCGGUUUGCCUAGUCCGGAGUUCGAAUCGCAGGAACUUGUCUGUGAGAAAAGUUAAAAACAGGGGAUAUUUCUAGCAUAUUCCGUUUGUUUCCUUGCCUUGUGCAGGGCUACCUUUUUCAACUCGGGAAAGUAGGCUACCGAUACUGCUCAUAUUUACAUCUUCACGCCACACCGUUCUGUCUGCGAAAAGGGGAUAGGGCAGCCCGCUGGUAAAGUUGUCGCUCAUCGCAAAAUGGAGUGAAUAUAAUGGCACGAAUUAAGAAUUCUCGGAAAUGCAGCGGCCAAUGUCCCCACAUUCGUAUAAAUUAAUCGCAUUCAUAUACUUAUUUUGCCGUUUUGGCUGCUACAAUGGCAGUUGUGGCUCCGCUCUGUAGUUGGGCCGAUUGCAGUUGUGCAAGCUCGAAUCCCUUGGCGAGAAGAGCUACGAGACGACUGACACGUGUGAAUAAUCACCAGGCUCUGUCCAGGGAUUACCGGUUGCCCUCCACAGGGAAAGAGGUAACAGGGGAAAAUUUGGUUCUAUUAUGCGGAACGAGGCCUAAAUGUAGCUCCAAAGAAUCCCUUUUCUUUGGAGAGAGCAGACUUUUGCAUUUUCAAAUCGACUUUGGUCAGAGAAGGAUGAAGAACAUUGGUGCUAUAGGCAAAGCUAUGACUGCUUCUGUGCUACCUGUGAAGGAAGCUGCUAACAAGCAACAAUCUGAUACCAAACAAAGAAGGGUUGUCGUAACUGGAAUGGGUGUCACAACUUGUCUUGGUCAUGAUCCAGAUACAUUCUAUGACAAUCUUCUUCAAGGGAAGAGUGGUAUCACUAGUAUUGAAAGAUUUGAUUGUACAGACUUUCCAACGAAAAUAGCUGGUGAAAUUAAGUCAUUUUCUACAGAUGGAUUGGUUUCACCAAAAUUUUCAAAACGGAUGGAUCAAUUUAUGCUUUACCUACUCACUGCUGGUAAAAAAGCUUUGGCGGAUGGUGAAAUGACUGAAGAAGUUAUAAGAGAAUUAGACAAGUCAAUGUGUGGGGUGCUGAUUGGAUCAGCCAUGGGCGGAAUGAAGGUUUUCAAUGAUGCAGUAGAGGCUCUAAGGGUUUCUUACAGGAAAAUGAAUCCCUUCUGUAUACCAUUUGCAACAACAAAUAUGGGUUCAGCUAUUCUGGCCAUGGAUCUGGGUUGGAUGGGACCAAAUUAUUCAAUCUCCACUGCUUGUGCCACAAGUAAUUUCUGUAUUUUAAGUGCUGCCAAUCAUAUCAUUCGGGGUGAAGCUAACGUAAUGCUCUGUGGUGGUUCUGAUGCGGCAAUUAUUCCAAUUGGAUUAGGAGGCUUUAUAGCAUGCAGAGCAUUAUCACAAAGAAAUGAAAACCCUGCGCAGGCAUCACGUCCUUGGGACACCGAUCGAGAUGGAUUUGUUAUGGGUGAAGGAUCAGGUGUAUUACUUCUUGAAGAGCUAGAACAUGCAAAGAAAAGAGGAGCGAAGAUAUAUGCAGAGUUUCUUGGAGGAAGUUUGAGCUCUGAUGCUUACCAUUUGACAGAGCCCCAUCCUGAAGGUACAGGGAUUCUUCUCUGCAUUGAAAAGGCUCUGAAACAAUCAGGUGUAGCAAGAGAAGAUGUGAACUAUGUUAAUGCUCAUGCAGCUUCUACCAAAUCUGGUGAUCUGAGAGAGUACAAUGCCUUGAUCCAAUGUUUUGGUCAGAAUCCUCAGCUGAAGGUGAACUCUACAAAAUCAUUGAUUGGCCAUUUGUUAGGGGCAGCUGGGGCUGUGGAGGCUGUUGCAACCUUGCAGGCCAUUCGUACAGGAUGGGUUCAUCCUACCCUAAACCUAGAAAAUCCCGAGAAAGAUGUGGACAUGAGUAUUAUUGUUGGAGGCCAGAAAGAGAGGUUGGACAUUAAAGUUGCCCUAACUAAUUCGUUUGGCUUUGGAGGGCACAAUUCCUCUUUGCUUUUUGCUCCCUAUAAACAAUCUUAGAAGAUAUACUCCAAAAAUAUUACAUUUCUGUGAUGUGUACCAAAUCCUACUGAAGCGAGGAUCCUUGACUCUGAGUUGACUCAUCAGUUGGAAUCACAAAAGCUUGCAAGGUUCGAACCACCAUGUGAAUAUUUCUUGUACCAAAAAUGAUUGUGCGAUGCCAUGCAGUCAGUAGGAUAAGGGAGAUAACUGAUAUAAUUAGGAAAGCAUAAUUGCUGCUUCAAUCUUUUUUUGAACUCCAUGAAUGGAGACUUCCACGGACAAUUUUGUAAAUAUAAACACAUAUUUGGUUGGACACAAUUAUGAAAUCAUAAUUAAUUUUCAUA